GUGAUGCUUUAAAAUUCACUAUAUUUGAACAUUUUUUUGCUAAAGACCUCCCUCUAUAACGUUCUGACAACACCCGCCUUUCUCGCUACCAAAAAUGUUUCUACCUACGGCCUCGGGAACAGGGAAUUGAGGGUUUUGCAAUUGAAAGAGUGCUUGGAAGGAGGAUGUUUCUAUAAAUACAAUUGAUUUACUGCCAUUAAACAUAAAAUUGUCAAUAUUUAAUGAGACAAGAUGGUGGAAAGAGAAUGCAAGACGUGAAGUGAUUUGAUAAUGGGGAAUUCUCAGACGCAUUUCUCAGACGAAAAGCUUGAAUACUACCAUAAGGAAUGUACAUUUUUCUCAAAAAAUGACAUCUUGAGAAUAUAUAGAAAAUUCAAGAGCUUGGAUGACUCAGUUCCAGACAAGUACAGCAAGGCUUAUCGAAUACCAAAGGAGAAACUGUGGAAAAUGAAGGAGCUGGAGGAAAACCCCUUCAGAGACAGAAUCUACCAUGUUUUCUCUACAGAUCAAGUUGACAGCUUAAACUUUGACGAAUUUCUGGAUAUGCAUUCUGUCUUCAAUAGUCAGGCGCCGUCUGGCAUCAAGAUCGCUUAUUUAUUCAAAAUUUAUGAUAUGGACAAUGAUUCCAAGUUGGGAAGAAAUGAUCUCCUAGCAGUUCUUGACAGAAUUACAGACAGCAGCUUAGAAACUUCAGAGAGGAACGAAAUUAUUGACAAGAUAUUUGAAGAAUCAAACUGGAAUGGUGAUGAUGUUUUGGACUUCUACGAAUUCGAGCAAGUACUUGCAAAAGCACCUUACUUUCUCAGCACCUUGAACUUACGGUUCUAGAACAAGAUUGGCAAAACACACAGGUUACAAAAUAAAGCGAGCAAGCCAUGUGCAGAAUGAAGAGGUAGUGAUUCAAUAGUAGAUGUAGUGAAGCAGAGCUCGAAUCAAAGUGACAAAGAGAGACACUCCUCUCCGAUAAUGGUAUUUGGUAACACUCUCAUGAUCAGGAUUGUUCCUAUCCUCCGUGUAAAUAUCUUCACCUGCUGCUUUAAGAGAAGUGACAUGAAUUCAGGCAAAAGAUACGAAUGAUUGUCGAAGCAUUUGAUUCCUGUUGUAGUUUGAAUAGAUGUCUUUGGUGCAUCGCACAUUGUUUACCUGCAAUACAAGGAGCAGGCCAUGGCUUGGGCUGCCAUCCUUGUAAUUUGCAGUAGUACCCACGUAGAAUGAAUUAAACUUAGGAAGACGUCACUGUAAACUGACCACAUAGUCACUAAACCAGUCAAUCACCAAAUUAUAUCACGAUGCUAGAAAUAAUCAUGAUAUGUAAACAAACUUUAAUUGUGGGAUGCACUAAGAUUACCUCUUAGUGUAAAGUAAAGAUUACCGCGUUUUUUUACACUACGCAAGCUCUAAAUUUGGUUUCUGAUUGCGACUUGCGGUUCUACGAUUUGCGUAUGAAAAGUGUUUGAUUGUAAACAUUAUUAUCAAGUUAUAUUUUACUUGUUUAAAAGAGGAGACGAUUGCAUGCAUGUUUCCUUUCGACACACUGUAUGUAAUGAUUGCAUAAAAUAUGAAUAAAGGCAAUAUAUGUUAAUC